AAUAGACGUAAACGUAAAGUAGUAGAGACACGUCAAAUGCAUGCAUUUUAUACAGCGCAUGCAUGCACGCAAACAUAGACACAUACACACACAAGAGAAAGUUUGUAGCGUACGUCAUAGACAUUGUAUACUAUGUCUAUGGCGUAGUAUACUAUGUCUAUGGCGUACGUAUUGUGUGGGGUCCACACAUGUUCCUAUAGCAACUGCAAUCAGCUGGUGAGCAAUGAUGUGCACUGGCGACCACUGGCCAAGCCAAGCCAGUGGAGAAAGGAAGCUAAAGGCUACUCUCAGAAACAGGGCUUUAUGGAGAAACAAGACAGGUGUAGACCCUCUUGCCCUGUUUCACUGGUCAUCAGUGAUGUCAGUCAUCAUAGUAUUGAACUGACCUGGGGGAAGGAGGAGAGGGAGGAGCGUGUGGGAUCGCCUGAGGAAUGGACAUGCUUCACCCUGGAGGAGGAGAAACCCAGAGGGCACAGCUAUGUUGCAGUCUAUGUUGGCUAUGGCACACAGCACACAGCCGAAGGUCUGCAAGCCAGCACUCUGUACCGCUUCAGACUGAAGGCAGCCUGUCCUUCAGGGGAGACCAUCUGUGGUCCAGUCCUGUCUGCGUCUACAGCACGUGAGCCAGUGAAUGGCAGGAACCUGCACCAGGCCGUACUAAUGAACGACGAAGAGGAGUUGAGCAGGGUGCUGCAGUCUAGGAUGGUAAAUGUGAAUGUCCCUGACAGACUGGGCUUCACCCCAGUCAUGGUGGCAGCCAUGAGAGGAUCCUUAAGCUUGGUCCACAUUCUGCUGCAGCAUGGCGCUGAUGUCAACAUGACCAAUGGCAGUGGGAAGAACAGUCUGAUGCUAGCAUGUUUCUGUGGGCACCUGGAGGUUGUGCGGUACCUGCGUAACUGUGGCGUGCCGUGGAGUUGCAUGGACAGGGUUGGCUGCACAGCACUGCACUGGGCCACAGAUGGCGGCCAUCUGCCUGUUUUACAGCACCUCUUACAGGAUGGCUGCAAGGUGGAUGUGAGGGACAGGGUGUCCAACUGGACCCCCUUAAUGAGGGUGUCUGCUGUUAGUGGGGAUGCUGAGAUGGCUGCCCUCCUUAUAAGAGCUGGAGCUGACGUCAAUGUCAAAGACCGGGAUGGCAAGACACCACUAAUGGUAGCAGUGCUAAACAACCAUGAGGAGUUGGUCAAGCUCUUACUGGAGAAUGGAGCUGAUAAACAUGCCAAAAAUGGGUUUGGAUUAGGUGCCAUAGAAAUGGCAAAGUCUUUUGAGCGAAAGAACAUCCUCCGGCUGCUCACAGGAACGAAGACUGAUUAGAGGAUUUUUUUUAACAUGGAAGAAUCCUGACAUAUCAAUGAGACCCUUCAUCACGAAGCAAAUGAUGGCAGUUUCAUAGUCAGUUUUACUAAUAUGCUGAAAUCUGAUCGUUUAAAAUCUGUGCAUCAACAUUGACAACUAUGUAUGGUACGUUUUUACAUGUUCAUUUAUCAAAGGUUUAUUGUACAAAAAAAGACCUUGAUAAUGUGUUCACCUGUAACACAGUCGACGAGGAAAUAAAUCAGAGCACAUAGAAAUACAGCAAGA